CUGGCGUGGGCGGGAUUGCGGCGGGAGAGUGAGCGGCGCUCGCCAUGGACUGUGAGGGCUUGCAGGGUCGCCGGCUGCUGCAGAAACUCAGGGAAAGCCGUAGCCGCUUUCAGACGCACAUGCAGCGGCUGAUAGCGAAGUACAACCAGCCCUUUGAGGACGACCCGUUGGUGGAUAUUGCCACGCUGACCUACGAGACUCCUCAGGGAUUGAGAGUUUGGGGAGGAAAGCUGAUAAAGGAAAGAAACAAGGACCAAACUCAGGACCCUUCUGUGAAGGUGAUUGGCAGUUUAAAUGGGCAAGCUCCAGAAGGCAGUGAGUGUUUACAGCCCUGCACACAAGUCCUGGGAGCCGAUUCAGAAAGCAGCAAUGCAGAGACAAGCUUAGACUUGGAUAUACUGCUUCAAGGUGCAGAGUAUUUUAAGAAUGCAGAGAAGGGAAACCGAAAAGACACACCUGUGACUUGGAGUCCUUCCCUGACCUCACCUGUCACACCAGCUCCUGGAUGCCAGGAUACUAUCUCCAAAAAGAGCUUUGGUGGUCCUAACGUAUCAGCUUCGUUCUCCGGAGACCAGGGUUCCUCAUACCCUUGCCCAGCUGACAUGAGCGUUGUGCCUAGAAAUGACAGCUUCUUACUAGAGACUAUCUCCGAAAAGAGCUUUGGUGAUCCUAACACAUCAGCUUCAUCCUUCGGAGACCAGGGUUCCUCAUACCCUUGCCCAGCUGACAUGAGUGUUAUGCCUAGAAAUGACAGCUUCUUACUAGGGACCAGCAGUAACAGCUUAAGCAACCAGUCCUUUGACAUUGAUGACCCUUACAAUGUGACAAUCAGUGAUCUGUAUGAAGGCAUGAUGCAUUCGAUGAGUAGGCUGUUGAGCUCAAAGCCAUCGUGCAUAAUCUCCACCAAGACCCACAUCAACCAGAACUGGAGCCUCGGGAGGAGGCUCUACCGUAAAGGCGAGGUGCACAAGAACAAGACAUACUGUCACUGGCAUAAGCCUUUCAGGAAGAGCUCCAAGAGGAGGCCUGUGCCCUGCUCAGAGCCACGGAAAGAGGCCAGAAUAUUGAGAGACUGCAAGAAUUUACUACAUAUUGCUCCCCAUAAGAAAGGCUUGAAACUGGGAAGGGUUUCUCUGGAAGGAAGCAAACUCCAAGUCCAUAAAUUCAGACCAGAUUGGAAGGAUCUCCAAGAGAUGCCUCAGAAGUCUUUAGAUGUAAAUACAACGUACCUACUUGAGCGAGAGAAUAGAGUGAAGGCCUUACAGUGGCUCAUUUCACCUGUUAAAAUAGUUCCCAGACCAAGGAUGAUUCCAAGUCUAAUAGAAAAGCAGCGUAGGGAGAUUGAAAUCAAAUUUGACCAGCUUCAUCAGGAAUGUUGUUUGUCUUCUAGGAAACCACUUUGGCUGGCUGACCCCACAGAGUCCUGGGCUGUAGACAUGUACAAAGGUGGUUCUAUAAGCCCAGGCAGUCCCUGGGGAAUAGAAACACACAGGCUGAGUUUACCUUUUAACAGAGAAAAGGCAAAGAAGUUAAGUGAGGCUUUUGAAGACCAGAGUGAAAUGCCUGUCAAAGCAGAUAGAUGUCUCCAAAAGAGUGAUCCCUUUCCAAAACUGUCGGAGGACAGCACCUCACAAAAUCCAAGCCAUUCUCAACAGAUGUCUGGCCUUUUUCUUCAGGAACACAAAUCUGGGCCAAUCAAAAAGGCAGCGUUGCUCGGUGCUGCGAUUUCAGCACCGCGGAUGGGCCCGCAGAGCUGUGAGCGGGGUCGCUAUGAUGAGAUAAAAAAAGAAUUUGACAUACUUCAUCAGAAGUAUUGCCUGAUGUCACCCCAGCAGGUGAAGGUGACCUCGUGUGUCAGAGUAUCUCCAAGGAAAGCUAGAGCAGCUAUUCCUAGUCAGACAGAGGACUUGAGAAAAUUUAAUGCAGACUCUCAAUUCCAGAGUUUGCAGAAAUUGUCAACAUCUGGCCAGCGUAUAAGAAGCCCACAGCACUCGACUGCACUGGAGGCUCACGGUUCCUUGUGGACUGUUGUGAAAGACCCUUGCUUCCCAACAAAAAGACGCAAGUUGUCAUACCCUCCAGCGUGUGCAUACCAGGCCAAUUCUUAAGAUUCUUCAAGAGCAGCAGGCAAAGCCAUGAAGCAGUCCAGCCCUGAGUGUCCUGACUGCUGAUUGGGUGUCUAUUGUGCGUGGUGUUUAUGUGUAGUGAGUAGCUGCUGCUUUUUCUCUUUCUGGAGAUGGGGUCCAGGUCAUCACAUUUGCUAAGCAGUCUCCCACUCAGCCUCUGUCCAGCUAUCUCCCCUGCUGUGUCACCCCAUCAUCUCUGUCCUUUCAUGUGGGAUGUUAGUGGUGCCUUGGGCUUCUCCAGCCAGCUUCAGCCAUUACUGUCUCUCCUAUCAUAUUCAGGAGAUUCUCAAUGACUUUUUCCUCUUGGUUUUAAUUCUUUGUCUUUGCUCUUCAUUUGUCCCAUCUUUACCUUCCACACUUGGGUGGUGUUGAGUGCCUCUUCUCUGGCCACCCACUCAUGUUUUAGGAGGACAUGGUUUAAGUCCAUGGACUGGGGCCUAACACAGAACCCUGUGUAUACCUGUUGCCUUAGUCUUUGGGGUUCUGGAUUGUUUUUUUUCUUUGGGGGGGGUUUCAUUUGUUUUUUUUGAGACAGAAUCUUGCAUCAAAGACUGGGAAGACCUUGGACUUACUUAUAGUCAGGGUGGCCUUGCGUUCUGGAUCCUCCUGCCUCUGCUUCCCAAAUGCUGAGAUUAUGUUUGUUGCCACAGAUGACACCACAAGGAGCAGAGCCAGACCUGCUGAAUGACCUCAGACCUGGGUGCCAUGGUAAUGGGGUCUCUGGCUGCCUGGUGUACAGGUAUCCCUGGCAGGGUGCACCCAGCAGCAGGCUCCCUUGCUCUUGGUCUUAAGCUAGCUACCUAGCUACCUCAACCUCCUGAAUCCCUUUGGCUUUCCUAGACCAAAAACUGCCACCGUUGUGUGCCUCAGAGGCCUGCUCCAGACACCAUGAAGCAAUUGUGAGAAUGUGUUUGUGUUCAGGUCACCUCAGGAUAACCUGAGUUCCUGAUGGGAAGAGGUCUCCAAAGACCUUAGUCUAGAAACUGCAUCUUCAUCCAGCUCCUUUGUCCUCAGCCUUAUACUUUUGUCCCUGGCUGUCCCAGGAACACAGCUGUGUCCCCUGCCCUCCUAUCUGGACCUUCCUCCUGUUCUAGAGCCAAUAAAAAUUUUGCCACCUUGUUUUUAAACCCUAUCUUGCUUUGUAGCCCAAGCUGACCUUGACCUCAUCAUCUUCCUGCCUUGGCCUUCCUGAGUAGCUGGGGUUGUACACUUAGAACAUGCACCUGCCUUUGAAAUCCCACCUUCAUGGCACCCAGUGAAAGUCUUACUUUUACCUCAGCCUGGGGACCUCUCUUUCUUGACUACUGGAGGGGACUUUGAUUGCAGAGUGUAGACUCAAGUUGCUUGCUAAGGCAGAGCCACAGUGCCUGGAGCUUUUUCCUUGGUACCCAGAAGACCCUCGCCACUCCCCUGGAGUUUAAUAGCCUAUCAUUAGGGUCUUUACUAGAUGCCUUCUCUAAUUCCAUCUUAAACCUCACUAUAAACAACGAAUAGUUUCACUUUCUGUUUCUGGUUACAGUGUGCCUUAAGUUCUGUAACAGGAUGAGAUUUCCUGCAGUUAGGGUAAACAUGAAGGCAGCAGAGGAAGAUAGGCAUCCAGUGCCCAGCUUUGAAGUGCCAGUGGGCUCAUACUAAAAUUAUCAUUCAGAAUGGAAAGUGCAUAAAUCUUGCCUUGCCCCCUUACCUCUAAAUCUGUUUUUAGAUGAGGUCUCUGUCAUUGUCACCUAGACUGGCCUCAGGUGCACCUUCAUCACACUGCCCCACAGCUGUUGGCUCUGCCUCUGCUUGUGUGCUGCCUUGUUUGACCUUUCUGCCCUUAAUGCAGCUUCAAGGCAGUUGGGGUCAUGGAAAGCGCCUUGUGAGAUUUUACAAAUAAAGUUGUAGAGUUAACAUUUUCAGUGUCAGCCCUGUAGACCUGUUUGUCUCAAGUUUUUUACUCAUUUAGACAUGCCAUCUAGAGUAUGCUCCACAUUUUGUUUUGCUUAUGAACCCUAUACUUGAGUCCCAGACAAAAUGAUACUUGAAGUAAAUAGGACUGCCCAGUACUUAAGAGAGAGCUAAAACCGCCCGAGGUUUACCCUCAAGAAGUAAUUCCAAGGUCUUGAUGCUUUUAGAAUAAGUAUUUGAAACAAUUCUGAAUUAUUUCCAAAUGUUCUUGCAGCCACGCAACACCCAUGAGGCCUCUUUCUACUGAGGUGGUUUCUAGUUGCGAGUGGCUAUUCUUAAUGAACACUUUCAAAUAUUCCAUGUAUGGUGACAGUACGCAUGUGCCAACCACCUAGUGACAGUUGUUGGUAUGCUGCUGCCUUGUGAUUUUUCCUUUUUCAAUGUAAAAUUGAAGGGCAUGGUUUUCUCCUGUUGCUCUCUUGGAAAGCUUCCUGCUGUCCCCCUUUCUCAUGUCUCCAGCCAGAACCACAUUGACAGUACCUGUGAAUCAACCCCAGCAGUUUACCAUGGGCUGUGGCUUAAACAGCCAAGCUGACAGUAGUAAACUGUUUUAAAGGUAAAAGGCUGAGAUGACAGUUCAUUUUGCCAGUUCUUUUGAGGUCUUUCUUCCUGGCUAUGGACACCUGAGGUGGAGAGAUCCUGUGAGAACAUGGUUCCUGCCGGAUGUGCCGGCUUUGAAUAGAGACUAAAGCAACAGGAUAACUAAGUGAAAGGCUAGCAUGGGCUACAGAGUAAGAGCCUGUCUCAAAAAAGAAAAAGUGCCAUUUCUAUUGUGGGGUCCCAUGUAACCUUCCUGGCCUACGCCCUGCACCUCCAGACAAUAUUACACUGGGCUCAGGACUUCUGGUUUGAGGGACUCAAGUUGGUAUAGCAAUAAAUCACCUGAGAGUCUGGCACCCUGCUGGAGGCCUAUGGUUCACUCAGAACAAUUUGGCAGUGCAUGCAGACGGAGGCACUUCCAGGGCAGGCGUGGCCUCUGCACCUCUAGACCCUUCUUGGCACCUGAUACUUCCUGAGAACUCAGUGGUCAGGUAUCACCUAGUGGAGGAAAGUGAGCUGGCCUUGGCAAGGGUGGUCGUCAAAUAUGUAAGAUCUGUGAACAGAACAGCUAAUAACUUCCAUGGCUUUAUCUCACAUGAAUAGUGCUGUAUAUUCUGCAGUUUUGCUUUGACGGGCACUUGCAUAUGUGGGUACUGUGAUGUGUCUCCCAAAGGUUUAUAUGUGGGAAGAGUGUCUGUGGGUGUUAACAGUAGUAGAGGGCUACACCUGUGGGUUGGGGUGAGUUUCUCAGACUGAUUAGGGGCUUAUCUCCUGGAACCUUGUUGAGUUCCCAGGUGGUUAUGAAAGCCCAAGCCUGACUCUGCCUGUUUCUUGAAAGUGGUGCCAGCUCCUUCCCCAUAUGUUCUCAUGUCUGCCACCAGGCCCUUACCAGAUCUCUUGUCCACUCCAUGACCUUAGGUUUCCAAAACUGAGUUAAACCUUUGUAUAGAUUGAGUGCCCAGCCUCAAGUGUUUUGUGAUAGUGAUAGGAAACUGCUCUGACAUCCAAAGUAGUUUGUUCUAUUGUCCUUGUUGUCUUGAGGAGUACACAUGGGCUGUGAUCAAUCCUGGCAUGUACGUAACACUUUGGCGCCCUCCUAGAAACCACUUUACAGUCCAUGGAUACACUCUUCCUUCAAACUGAAGAAUAGCACUCGUAAAUGGCUGCCACUUCAGCCGUGUAAGACCUACUCCUUCACGCCCAUUGGUGCUCUUUGCUGGUGGCAACAAAUGUGAUUUGUUUUCAUCUUUAGUGAUUUUUUUUUUUUUUUUUUGAGGUGCUAAGGAUGGAACCCAAGCUUCAUCCAUGCUUGAUGAGCGCUGACACAGACCCAUACCCCAGUCUGCUCUCUGACUUCAGUUUGGGCGUGCUGCCCUGGGUACCCUGACUUUCAUGGGGCUCGCUCUCCGAGCGCUGGCUAUUCUAGUCACCUCAGUUGGUUUACUCUGGGUCCACAGAACCAGUCUAGUGUUGUACAAAUCACAAAUAACCUCUGUGAUUUGUUAGUUUUCUGGUAUUAUACAGGGUUACAUUUUACAGUAGUUAGAGAGCUUAAACCUUGUCUUACUCUUUCUGAAUUCUGUUCCUUUUUAGAAGAAAAUCCCCAUCAGAAACAGAACACUGCCCUCAGUUCUGAUGGUCCCCUUUUAGCCUGUAAGUGUUCUACACAGAGAGGAGGGGAGCCCCAGGCACAGCUUGGUCCAGUGUGCAAGUGCAUCUAGAGUUGUUAAUAACAGCACUUCAUGUCUACUCUGUGGAAGCCAAAGAGCUACAAAAAAUCAACCUUGAAGAGAGGCCUCAGCAAGCAAGGCCUUGCUUCAGACUGGGUGGGCAUCUGUCCGGUGGAGGUGCUGCCUUCAGUAUGUUUGCCUGCCCUGGCCUCAGCCUAGACCAUUCUGUUGCUAGCCCAAGGAUGAGAAAGUCUGUCCUUGAUCUCUCCUCUUCCCCUUCCAGAUUUCUAGACAUGGGGCUAAUUACCCUUUUGUUCCCCACCAAACUGUUCCAGGCCCUAAUGGACUCUGUUCCAGGAGCCCAUCCAUUCUUUGGUAACCUCAGGUCUCUGGGAAGGGCGAGGGUAGGCUUUGUAUGAACAUUGCUUCCCAGGAGAAGCUCUCCAGGAUGUCAUGAUCAGCUAAGCAUGCAUCUGCCUUUUGCUUUAGGAAUGAGGUCCCUGGGGACAGGGGGGAUGGUAGUUUCACUUCUUACUGGCUGGUACCAUGCCUUGCUCUGGCAUGUCCACACCCACAAAGGCUCAGCUGAGGAUGAAAAGGCCUUCAGGGCUGAAGCUCCCCAUUUCCCCACGAUUGGCUCUGGGAUGUGGUGUCCAUAUAGCCAGGAGCCUGCACUCCGGAGAGCAAGUGGACCUGUAUUUCAGUGGGAGGGGAGGGAUGGAUACUCAUUCUUUUACAUCAGUUUUUCUACAAAUGAAAAAUGAUUUGCCUUGCUAUGGGCAGGUGGGACACUGAUGAAGCAGUUCACAUCUUGCAUCAAGGCCACUUAGGGCAGUCCUCUGGGUGAAGCCAAGAGCCAGUGCUGAUUGCAGCUGUCCAGGACUUUGAGAGUCUCCAAGGCUGCCCUCCUGACCGCAGCAUCUGAGUCUAGCUGUAGGUCCUGGAGAGCUGGGUGGGGAGAAAAGGAACAGGCCUUUGGGUCAGGACCACUGCAUUCGGCCCACUGCAGACUGAGGUAAGCUGACAUGUGUUCCCACACUCUCCACAGACCUGUUAGGGCUCCUGACAUCCCCAACAGGGACAGGCCUUGGCUGUGGAAUUUGGGGGCAGAGGGAGAUGAAGUAUCUGAGAAUGGUGUCGACAUGGGCUCCGCCUACCAAAUGGUCCUCCUGGAGAUCCCUCCCUACCUUCAGCUGUCUCUCUAGAGCUACUCCCUCUUCUCCAAGUAGCCCACGGCCAAGGGUCACCAGGCCCUCCCUCAGCAUGGUCUCAAAGUGUCAGUGAGCCAUAGACUUCUACAACUGAGUCUGCACUACUUAACAAUUCCGAAGUCCCACAAGGUCCAUCUUCUUCAGAUAAUGGGCAGACAGCUGCUUCAUGCUAAUUCCUGAAAUGACAGAUGUACAGUGUCUCCUUACACCAGGGAGACGUCAGCAGGCCCACAGUGCUUUGUCCCUGCAAGAGGCGCAGGUUGACUUACGAAGAUAUUCUUCAGGCUGAAGUUGAUAGUGAGCACCCUCAUUCAAAAUCAGGCAGACAAGAGACCCCACAGGCUAGCAGGCCUGGUGUUGCCAGGUAGGCCAAAACUCUGCUCCCAGCUCAGCCACUUGUCUUCCCAUUCAGACCUGGCAUUGACUAAGCGGCUUCCAGGUCCACCUUGAAUCUGAACACAUCCAUCCACUCACCUGCCAAACCACAGGCAGCAAUCCUGAUCCUCGACAGGUUACUUCUCAUGAAGGUGGUUGUUUCCAGCAGGAAGCCGCAGAGAACAGCAGGCUUCUUCUGGGCCUGCAAGCAAACAAGUGCCACAUGGUCAUGAGGAUCACAUGGUUGUGGAGGGGGAGAUGGGGGACAGGCUGCUUACAAAGAGCAUUCCCAUCCAGUGAACUGGUGCUUGGACCUGGGAGGUUUGACCAGAGAGAGCAAGGGCCCCUCCCAGCACCACACAGCAGAUUAACUGAUCCCGCUAGUAGCACUCAGUUUCACUACCUGACUCUAGAGUGACCAUUGACUGUGUUUCUGAACCCAUACUGUCCAAAACACUAGCCUCCAAAACAUACAUGGCUCCUGAGCAGGGGAGCGUGGCUGACUGCAGUGUCAGGGGCCUUCCUGGACUUUGAAGUGUGAAACCACCACGUAACAAUGUCUACCUUGAUCACGCAAUGAAAUGGCCAUAAUCUGGUUACUUGGAGCUAAAUAAAUUCUACUGUCAAAAUUAA